AUGAGGCUGCCGGAUUCCCAAUACGUCAUGAACCUUGAGAGCCGAGUUCGAACAAUGGAAAAGAUGUUGCAACAGCAGCCGUCUAAUCAACAUAACAAGGAUACUCAUCGCACUCGCUGUUCCCCCGUAGACCAACGGGGGCCCGCUUUCCAUGACGGCAUGGAUCCUUGUCCGCCAGUGGAGUCCCACUGUGCGCAUCCUACAGACGCAGCCAAUGUGCCAGCGCCGCGCUCACCUCCUAAGAGCAACGAGAACGAGAACAACUUCCUAGACGGACUGGUUCUUGACAGCCCUGAUACUUUGCUGGAAGAUACUGCGGUUUCUGUGUCUCCAGAUUCAGAACCUGCUGAAGCAGAUGUUAGGCAAUUGCCGGUGCCGCUACAGCAAGCGCUGAUUGACAUAUUCUAUUGCUCUUAUUAUCCGAUCUUCCCUAUUAUCCAUUGGCGUGACUUUAAGCCGCUAUAUGACCGCUGGCUGUCAGCUCGUCGCAGUGACGUCGACAAUAGCGGCCAUGGGGAUGAUGGCGAUGACAGCGGGUUUUCUUUUCUCUUGUACGCACUACUGGCGGUGGCUGCAUUGGCCAUGCCAGCGGGCCAUUUGAUAUUCAACCAGCCAGAGCUACUAGCCUAUACGCAGGAAGAUCUCGGAGAUCGACUGUAUUCUCAUGCAAUUUCCAAAUGCCCUGGACUAAUGUACCAGCGGCGGGGAAUGAAUGCAAUCAAUACCAUAAUUGCGAUGAGCCUUCUCAGUAUUCACCUUAUCAAGCGUGGGAAGGUAGGCGAUGCAUGGACCAUUAUAGGCAACGCAAUCCGCUUAUAUCAAAGCUUAGACCUUCAGGAUAGCGUGGAUAUAGCGGACACGGACGCUCUUUUAGCAACACACCGCAAUGUCUGGUGGUGCUUAUAUAUUCUGGACUGCUCCCUAUCAACAGCGCUUUCCAAGCCAUUAUCUAUUGAUACUGCUGAACAUGACCUGCCAGUGCUAGCGCUCGAGGAAAAGACAGAUCCCUGGUUCUCAGUUAUUGCAAAUUUUCAUAUCACUAUCGGCCGUAUCUACAAGUCAGUACAGCAGAUCCGCAAGGCUCGUUCAUUCCACGACUCUAAAAUAUGGGAUAUGCUGCAAACAUGCGUUGAAGGGUAUAAUAUUGAAUUGGAAGAUUACUAUACCAAGCAGGUUCUGCCAAGGAUAGAAGAACCAAGCCAACGUCCACUAGCGUUGCAGACAAUCGCUGUAUCGUCUUACUACAUUGGCGUCGUUCUUCUCCAUCGGACGUAUAUUGAAUGCUUUGACAUCGCGGGGCCUGAAACGUUCCUACAUUGCGCUGAGGCUGCGUCUAAUUGUAUAAGAGCUACUCCAGAGGUGAUUACUACCGUACCACCUAGUCAUUUUAUAAUCCAGCAGGGCCGCGCUGUCUAUGCCAGCAUCAAAGUAUUAUUACAUUGCAUGCGGCUAGCCCGAAACAUGAAUUUUAAUAGCAGGGCGUGGUCUGAUGUCGAGACUGGCUUCGACAUGUUACAGAAGAUUACCAUCCAGUGGCCUGAAAUUAAAAAAUACCAACAGCUCACCAAGGAGGACAUGCACCGGACACAGAUUGACUUCACCAAGCACGAACUAUUCCAUGGAGUAUUCAAUCGAUACGGUCAGACGGCUGGUAAGAUAAUCCACCAAAGUGAUGAGCAGCCUGGCACAACCCACACCGGCGAAAGCCCAAGCCAGGACGAGUCAUCAAGAAGCGCAGUAAACAAGAGGUGUCAUAGAGCCGAUCCAGGUAUAUUAAGCACACCACAGAGUGCGGUCUUAUCAUCUAAGCGUUGCCAGGAUUGGGCACCUUAUGUACAGCAACCAAAGCGGCAGAAGCUGCAGCAGAAUUCUUUCGUUCCACAAUCUCCUUCCUCUACCACGCCUCCAUCUCUAAAUGAGCUGUCUGUUCCUCGCGAGCCCCGCGAUUAUACUGCGGCGGAUUCAGAAAUGUGCAUCGACGAUUUUCUUCUCACCGACUUCCCAGCCCUACCACUGCCGUCGGAAGAUUUGUCUGCGAGCUUUUUUGGAGAUGCGACAUUUGAUGCUGUCCUUGAUUAA